GACCAAGGUAUGCUUGCCUUUGGAGGUAACGCUAGCGUCGCAUUUUCAUGAACUCUUUCGAUUUUGCUUUGAGGAGGGAAGGUUCCUAGUAAAGGUUAAAAAGAAACAACACGGCCUGUAGAAGCUGCAUCCUAGCUACCUAAGUAAUUUCUUCACCGCAACCAAAAUUCCUACUUAUUUUCUCCUCAACCCAACUCCCUUCUCAACCUUUUCUCUUCUUCUCACAGCUGUUGCUAUUCUGUAUAUACGGAUAGCUUGUUGUGUCCUGAAUCCCGAUUAGGAUCCAUCAUUCUGUAUUCAUCUAUUACACUAUCUACCCCUCUCGACCACAUUCGAUUUGGCGUGACCUCACCGACUUUUCUUGCACACAAUGGCAGUGCAAGGUGGAGGAGCGGAGGAGGAUGUGUACGCCACACUUCUCUUGAGUGACACAUAUUUGCCUGGUGCUCUCGUGCUUGCGCAUUCCCUACGAGAUGCUGGAACUACUAAGAAGCUGGCGGUCCUGAUCACGCUGGACACUGUCUCGGCCGAAGUAAUUACUGAACUCAAGAAUGUGUAUGACUAUGUUAUACCAGUCAGCCGGAUCACCAAUUCGCAACCCUCAAACCUACAAUUGAUGAACCGAGCCGAUUUGCAUUCCGCCUUCACCAAGAUUACCCUAUGGAAACAGACACAGUUCCGAAAGAUCGUCUACAUAGAUAGCGAUGUCGUCGCUUACCAAGCUCCGGACGAGCUCUUCGAUAUUACCCACCCCUUUUCGGCAGCUCCUGAUAUUGGAUGGCCGGAUCUCUUCAACACGGGUGUUAUGGUUCUGAGCCCGAACGAGACCGACUACCAAGCUAUGGCGGCAAUGGCGGCACAGAAUACUUCGUUCGACGGAGCUGAUCAAGGUCUCAUUAACAUGCAUUUCGGCAGUAACUAUAACCGUCUUAGCUUCGCCUAUAACGUUACACCCUCUGGCCAUUAUCAAUAUGUUCCUGCUUACCGCCAUUUCCAGUCCAAUAUCAAAAUGGUCCACUUUAUCGGCCCCGAGAAGCCGUGGUUCAAGGGAAGACGUGCUAGCACCGGUAGCUCGCCCUUUGACGAAAUGGUUGGUAAAUGGUGGGCCGUCUACGACAAGCAUUAUGGAGGGACCAAUGCAACAUCGACGUCGAUUAUUGGCAGUUCCAAUGCCACCAAAUCAGGGUCGGAAUUGGUGCAAUAUUUCACCACAGGAGAAUAUCAGUACCGCCACCAGGGUGCAAGCGCCAUAACUCCGUCUUCUCACUCCAACGUCGGACAGACGGCAUCAUAUCAGACCGCGCAUAGGCCUCAAGUAACGCAAGCUGGGUAUGAUCACCCAGAAGGCUUUGUCCCGUUCUUUGAUCCGGACCUGCCAAAGCCUAUCUUCCCAUGGGAGGCUCAUCGAGAGCGGCCCUCUCGUGUAUGGGACGACGAUUACCUGAGUCGCAGGGGGUCCAUAGCCAGUAUCCCAGAAACGCCUACCAUCGUGCCCUCUAUCGCGGAUUUAGCAGAGAGGAGCGAGCCACCAACGCCAACUAUGCAUCCUAUUGACACGUGGUCCGCGUUUACGCUGACUAAUGCUUGGGACGAGAUACCUGAGAUUGAGCGCUAUGCCGAGAAGUUCCAGCAACAUCGACGCAGACGGAGCACUAAAUCUCCGGGUCCACCAGCGUUACCGGCUGAUGAUGCUGACAUCCCUCACCGUCGACGUCAGGGAAGCAAGGUUACCGACUUCCCCAGUGAAACUGAGCGUCCUAGCCUACCAGUCACACCGGCACCCAUCCACCCCGGCGUCGGUUCUCACAACCCGCUGCUACCGGCCGCUGAGAACGUGCCGGGGCAGGCUGAAUGGGUAUGUUCGCACGGAAGACGUUGGGCUCCUGCUGACUGCCUUUGCGACGUGACUAACAUACUACACUAUCACAAGGAUCCUGUGGUCCAGCUUCAAAAAUUGGCUAAGCAGCAGUCUGAACUAUUGCUGCGAAAGCUCGGAAGUGGGGAUCCUGAUAGUAGUGAACUGCCUUCUAGACUUCUACCUUUCGGUUCCGACUUGCAAACCUAUGUUGCGCAAACUACCAAGGUCUUUAGCCCGCAGCCACUAAAGGGCGGCGUCCGUUCAGCCGGUGUUUACGACAUUGAUUCCAACCUGGAGCCGACUCCUAGCGUAGCUUCAACUGUGGUAGGGGAUAUGCUAGAACCUAGCUAUACAGGCCCUGGACCUGCAUUUGAGAAGGGCGAGAUCAUAUUCAACGAAGAUGUACCCACUCCACGAACCACUACACCUCAACCCGGUGAAACAGCGAGAGCCUCUGGGAUACCUCAACCAAGCUACGCUGGCCCUGGGCCUGCGUUCGAGAAGGGCGAGGUUAUUUCCACGGGAGAGUGAGCUCACCAAGCUAUAGUACCAAGCUAUAGUGCAUUAGACAUUGAGUUCCUACUUAGCUUGAUACGGCUCUCAUCUUUGCCGAUGAAUAUGAAAAGGAGGAUGAUCACGGGUAUUGGUGGAUACAGGUUAGGGGCUGUUCGGCGUUUGUGGAUGAAUGGCCUAGUUAUGCGAGGGACGAUUCACUAAAGGGGUUUAUGUUACAGGCCCCCCAAAAAUUAUGAUACGAAAUACUCUUCUUACGUCCGAACUGGAUACCUAACUGGAGGAGAGGUGGACAAGAGUUAUGGCUUUGACUUCUCCGAUAACGAUUCCCAGCCCAACUCGUUGGGCCCGUCUUGUUUGUGCCGGGACUUGUGAAGUCCCUUUUCUCAUCCUGUUCCAUUGGAGGCCUGCGACCUAUUUUGGAGGAACCUCUCGUUUCAUUUGUUUGUCUCGUUCCCCCGUGCUUUUGCACAGAAUACUACAUUUGCGUCAAUACCACGUAACAAAAAGCCAGUAAUCAUUUUUAUCGCGCGUAUUGCAGCAUACUUGCAUAGCAUAGGGCUAGCGCGGAGCGAGCAUAUACUUUUUUUUCUCUUUUCUUUUUUCUUGUUUUCUCCUUUUCUAUCUUCCAUUCUAAUAAAUUGGUGGGACUCGAACAGCACACGAGGAAAUUUGGACGAGAAUGUAUAUACGGUAUAUAGUCACAUAUUUAUCUGGUUGGGGAGACUGGAUAUAUCAGAUUAUUCUCGGU